UAAGCCAAAAAGUCCUCAUUUUUCCCAUUUUCACCAUAGCUUCCUUUCUCCUCUCUUGCCACCGCCUCCACCAGCUCUUCCGCCUCCGCCGCGGUCCGUUUCACCUCCUUAGACUACACACGCUCACACACUGUUGUCCGCCUUCAAAAUUGUUAAGUUUUCGUUGCUUUUCUUCGACAAUUACGAGAAAAAUGGGCGACUUGGAAAACUCGGGGAAGAAUAAUCCUCCCCAAAAUCUUAAGCUACCGAUCCCCGGGAAGCGGAAUAUUUUGAUAACAAGUGCUUUACCAUAUGUGAACAAUGUUCCUCAUCUCGGCAAUAUCAUUGGCUGUGUGUUAAGUGCGGAUGUGUUUGCGAGGUACUGUAGGUUACGAGGGUACAAUGUGUUAUACAUAUGUGGUACGGAUGAGUACGGAACAGCUACAGAGAAUAAGGCUCUUGAAGAGGGAGUUACUCCUCAGGAAAUUUGUGAUAAAUACCAUGCAAUCCAUAAAAGCAUCUAUGAGUGGUUUGAUAUUAGUUUUGAUAAGUUUGGACGUACUUCAAGUACUGAACAGACAAAGGUUUGCCAAGCAAUUUUCAAGAAAUUAUUGGAAAACAAUUGGUUGUCCGAGAACACAAUGCAGCAGCUUUACUGCGAUACAUGCCAAAGAUUCUUAGCUGAUCGAUUUGUGGAGGGUAGUUGUCCACAUUGUAAUUAUGAUUCUGCUCGAGGAGAUCAAUGUGAAAACUGUGGAAAGCUUUUAAAUCCUACAGAAUUACUGGAUCCAAAAUGCAAGGUUUGUAAAUCGGCUCCACACAUUCGAGACACGGAUCACUUGUUUUUGGAGCUUCCUUUGCUGAAGGACAAAUUAGAGGCAUAUAUAAACGAAAUGUCAGUGGCUGGAGGAUGGAGUCAAAAUGCCAUCCAAGCAACAAAUGCAUGGCUUAGAGAAGGACUGAAACCAAGAUGCAUUACUAGAGAUUUGAAGUGGGGAGUUCCUGUUCCACAUGAGAAAUAUAAGGACAAGGUUUUUUAUGUGUGGUUUGAUGCGCCUAUUGGAUAUGUAUCAAUCACUGCAUGCUACACAACAGAGUGGGAAAAGUGGUGGAAAAACCCUGAAGAAGUGGAGUUGUUUCAGUUUAUGGGCAAGGAUAAUGUUCCUUUUCACACUGUGAUGUUCCCUUCUACCCUUCUUGGGACUGGUGAAAAUUGGACUUUGAUGAAGACGAUCAGCGUAACGGAAUACCUGAACUAUGAAUCAGGAAAGUUUUCAAAAAGUAAGGGUAUUGGAGUUUUUGGAAAUGAUGCAAAAGAUACAAAUAUUCCUAUAGAAGUAUGGAGAUAUUACUUACUGACAAAUAGGCCAGAGGUAUCAGACACCUUAUUUACUUGGGAUGAUUUACGAGCAAAAUUAAAUAAUGAGUUGCUGAAAAAUCUUGGCAAUUUCAUCAAUCGGGUAUUGAACUUCAUUGCAAAAGCUCCAGGUUUAGGAUAUGGUUCCAUCCUUCCAGACGCACAGGAUGCAGAAUCACAUCCCUCAACCAAAGCUUUGGGUGAUAAAGUUGGUGAGCUUGUUGAGCAAUAUGUAGAAGCCAUGGAGAAGGUAAAAUUAAAGCAAGGUUUGAAGAUCGCUAUGGCUAUUUCCACAGAGGGAAAUGGUUAUCUGCAAGAGAAUGAAUUCUGGAGACUCUACAAGGAUGAUCAACCUACGUGUUCCAUAGUUAUGAGAACUUCUGCUGGACUAGUGUAUCUCAUUGCCUCUCUUUUAGAACCUUUCAUGCCAUCUUUUUCCAUCGAGGUUCUAAAGCAGCUCAACCUGCCUUUUGAACAAAUUUCACUUUGUGAUGAAAAAGGUGAUAUUGAAAGGGCCAAAAGGCCAUGGGAGAUUCUUUCUGCAGGUCAUAGAAUUGGAAAUCCUAAACCAUUGUUCAAGGAGCUGAAAGAAGAUGAAGCUGAAAUGUACAGGGGGGAAUUUUCUGGAAGUCAAGCUGAUAGGGCUGACAGGAAAUUGAAGGAAGAAGCCGAGGCAAAGAUUAGUGAACAAUUAAACAAAGCAAAACUUUCAGAUGGGAAUGCAAAGAAGGGAAAGCCAACAAAAUCCGCUCAAGGUGCAUCUAAGACUGCUUCCCUUGCUGAAGCAGAAAUAUCAGUUAGUAGACUUGAUAUCCGUGUUGGUCUCAUUAAAAAAGCUGAAAAACAUUCUUCUGCUGAUUCACUGUAUGUGGAGGAGAUUGAUGUUGGUGAACCCCAACCACGAAAAGUAGUUAGUGGCCUUGUCAAGUACAUUCCUCUAGAAAAAAUGCAGAAUCGGAAGGUUUGCGUUCUUUGCAAUCUCAAGCCAGCAAACAUGCGGGGAGUAAAAUCUGAAGCCAUGGUUCUUUGUGCUUCUAAUAGUGAGGACACCAAGGUUGAAUUGGUUGAGCCACCUGAAGGUGCUGUCAUUGGCGAAAGAGUGAAGUUUCCAGGAUUUGAAGGCAGUCCUGAUGACCAGUUGAACCCUAAGAAAAAGGUGUGGGAAACCGUUCAACCCGAUCUGCGGACAGAUGAGGAGUUGGUGGCCUGCUUUAAGGGCAUCCCGUUCACUACCUCGGCUGGUGUUUGCAAAGUCUCAUCACUCAACGAAGCGAAGAUUAGGUGAUUGCUGCAUUGAAAUUUGCUAAUGAAAAACAUUUGAAUUACAAUUUUGCUUUCUAUGAUAUUUUGCGGUUCUUCUUGGUUGUCAUGUUUCAAUUCUCUGAUCAAUUUUGGAAUUAUGAAAUGUAAUAUAUUAACAAGAGUACAAGAUUUAUUGGCAGAUUGGUGCUUAAUUGCAGUUACAGAUUUUCCGUUUA